GUUUAUUGUUUCGCAGAUUAUUCACGGCGUUCACAUAGAGCCGGCACACGAAGUGAAGAAACGGAGUAUCAGUCAGCCAGUUCGAAUCCUCUUGUCGUACGAUGAAAGCGUUUACAGGUUGGACGACGAGAAAUUGGACCUCAUUAACAAUACUAUUUUACCCGAAGCCGUGCAUUUCUGGGAACGAGCGCUCAUGGUCCGCGAAACAAAAAGCACUAUUAGAUUGAACAGGAAAUGCGAGAGUAGCCAGGUGUUCGUCAAAGAUCAUCACACCCACUGUAUAGACACCUGUCGACCUACCACGAUGUGCGGCGAGGUAGUCGUGCCGGAGGAUCAUCUUGACGUUUGCAGAACGUGCAACGCGACGGGGCAUAAUUGCGGCAUAGCGGAGGGAAGCAAGGCAGGGCCCGGCAUAGAUGGCGCUGAUUUUGUCUUCUACGUAUCCGCCAUGCAAACUGAAAGAUGCCAUAAAGGAUUAACCGUGGCUUACGCAGCGCAUUGCCAAACAGAGGCAGCGUUGGACAGACCGAUAGCCGGCCAUGCAAAUCUCUGUCCAAAAAGCAUCGGCACGAAGCCGCAGGAACUGGAAACGUUGCUCAGCACGGUGAAACACGAGAUACUGCACGCUCUAGGGUUCUCCGUGAGUUUGUACGCCUUCUAUCGGGACGAGAACGGCGAGCCUAGAACCCCGAGGAGAAGCGACACCGGAAAACCAAUGUUGAACGAGAAAUUGCAAACGCAUCAGUGGAGUGACAACACGAUCAAGACCGUGGUCAGGCCAUAUUGGCAGGUACACGGCGGAUACGUGGAGAGGUCGAUGCAAAUGAUAGUCACACCGAGAGUUCGUGCCGAGGUCCAGGCUCAUUUCAAUUGUCCGGAGUUGGAGGGCGCGGAGCUGGAGGACCAGGGAGAGGACGGCACCGCGCUAACGCAUUGGGAAAAGCGAGUGUUCGAGAACGAAGCAAUGACGGGUACGCAUACGCAGAAUCCCGUUUACUCGAGGAUAACUCUCGCUCUUAUGGAGGACACUGGAUGGUACAGCGCGAACUACUCGAUGGCCCAAGAAUUAGGAUGGGGGAAGAACCUCGGCUGCGAUUUCUCGAUGAAGUCGUGCAAGGAGUGGAUAUCUUCGAAAUCAUCCCGACUGUCAUUGUUCUUUUUCAGAGGGAAGUCCAUCCAUCCUUUCUGCAACAAGGUGAAACAGGACCCGUUGCAAACCGAGUGCACCGACGAUCGAAGCUCAGUGGCGUUGUGCAAUCUAAUUAAAUAUUCGCAGCCAUUGCCUAAGAAAUACCAGAACUUUGACUCUAUUCCCCACGUGCCAGCCGGUGAGGAACAAUACUAUGGCGGUUCGGUAUCUCUGGCAGAUUAUUGUCCGUACAUUCAAGAGUUUACAUGGAGAGCUCGGAACAUAGUAGUCAGAGGCUCUCAUUGUCUCUACGAGGAGAACAAUCCGCAUCCGGACAAGAAUUUCGCUCUGGAGAAGUAUGGCCCGCAUUCAAGGUGCUUCGAUCACACGAACCAAAUGUGGGAGGAAAGAACUUGUAAACAGGCUCGGCAAUGGCAACAUUGGGGCUCAGGGUGUUAUCAGUAUAUAUGCGAAGCUGGUAGAUUGCAUAUAAUGGUUGCAAAUUACACGUACACAUGCUACCAUGCUGGUCAAGAAAUAGCCAUUAGAAUAAUGCAAAACGGUUGGCUCCACAAGGGUGCUCUAAUUUGCCCUCCGUGCAAAGACAUUUGUCAGGCGGAGCUGAAGGAAAAACACGAUAAUUGCAAGCCAGGAGACGAACAUCCGCCCGCGACGUACUACCACAGAGACAAUUUGUAUUGCGCGUCCGCAGGGACGUUCGCAAACUUCUCUCUAUCUGUUGUUCUAAUUUAUUUCUUUGUUUUUAGAUGAUGCGCCAUCGAGCCUAGGUAAUAUUUUUAUUAUCAAUAUUUGAAACUAGAUCGACGAAUUGCAACAAUGACGUAAUAAUAACAACCACUAUGUCGUUCAGAACGCUUCCCAACUACAAAAUAGUGUGAAGUGUUCGUUUAACGACGUAGAAGAUUAUCUUUGGAACCAAGUGCGUAAUAGUUUCAUAAAUGCGAUUGUUAUGAAGCACCGAGGUGACAAUUCUAUUUUAAUAGUUUACUCUGCAAAGAGGAAACACGUUUCCUCGAUAAUUUUUAUAUUUCCGGGGUUUGUACGAAAUGAUAACGCAUAAAGAUACGAACUGUAAUGACUCAACACGCACGAGACGUUCACGUUCGCUGCGUGUCAGAUUAGACGAGAGGCAUUUUUUUUUUCUUUCUUUUUUUUUAAGUGCCAAUAAAUACACAAAGGCUUAUCUAUUUCUCACGUGUCUAUUUAUCAAGGAAAGUACGUCGAGUCGCAAGGAAGUAAAAGAUUCAAAGAUCUCUCGAUUUAUUCGUACGUUCUGAGAUAAAUUUAGGAUAAAGAUAAACAUGGAUCAUCCUACACGUAUACGAUCACUCACGACAAUUAAUGCCGCCCAUUUCGUUAUCGUCCUUUUCUACCGAAUAUUCUCUCCUAAUAGAGCGUGUGAAAAUGUUCUCUCCUUUGCUAAUUAAUUCUUAUCGACAGUCAUUCAAUGUUUGUUAGUAUUAAACCGAAGGCGAACGAUCACAUCUGAAGGUAUAAAAAUAUCCGUGCCCAGUGUAUUACCUUGUUUUCCUUCCAGUCGUAUUCAAAGAUCACACAAUGUUGCUCUCUUAAUUAUCUCAAUGUUACCUCGGGUAUAAUAUUUUCACCUGCAAAUUACAAUGGUGUUCAAUUAUCGACAGAUAAGAAUGAAGAAAAAGAAAAACAAAUGACAGAAGCUUUGUUAUUUAUACGUGAAACGGCAGACUUUUUUGAUACAUAUCUAUCCGCUGUUCCUUUCUUGCGCAUUUAAAUUUGUUUGAUUGCGUUCAGAGUAUCUAAAAAAAAAAAAAAAAGAAAGAAAGAUUGGGCGACACUGGGAAAGAAAUCUAAUUUUUCAUAAUUAAAGAGUUGAACGACAUGGGUUUGUGAUGUAUCGUCGAACGAGUCGACAGAAACGGACGACUAGGAAAAUUCAGCAAGACACAGGAACAUCUCGCGGUAGGUUGUUCCGGAAGUGCUGUGCGUUAUCAUACGAGUAUCAAUGAACGUGAAAAGAAAAAAAAAAAAAAAAAGAAAGAAAGAAAUUAAUUCUAAGAAGUAAGCGCUAGAAGAUAAGCUGUAAAUAUUUUAACGAACACGUAUCUAGUGAGUAAGAAAGCGGGUAGGAGAACUUUGCCGAACAUGGAGGGAUUAUUAUGUUCUCUCUUGUAUAAUCUCAAUUGUUUCUCCCUCGUUUUGUUUGUGCAUGAAACGCGAAGAUUUUGUACACGUUUAAAAAAAAAAAAGGAAAAAGAAAUGAACAAAUUGUUAACAUUCCAGCAAGAGAUUUCAAGAGUUCAAAAUCGUACGAUUACACGACGUGUGUGUAAGAUUUAGAAAAUUAAGUGUAAUACUUGUAGAUAUAAAGUAAAAGAAAGAAAAAAAAAAAAAAAAAAAAAAAAAAAAAGUAUGUAAUGCUUCGUCACAGUUAAAAGUCCUCACAGUUUACGGGAAGAGAUUAUACAAAGUGUACUUAUCUAUCAGAUAUUAUUAUUUAUCUCGAAGCUGCGACUGUGCCCGGAGGUUCACAGUUCUCGUGCAUUCCAAAUUGUUGCAAAAAAAAAUUCCAUUGUUUUACUGAAUUCUUUUUUUAAAGAGAAUGAUAAAUCUCGCGUCUUUCUCAACGCGACGGAAUGUAACGUGAAGAACGCAGAAAGAGAUUAAACGUGUUUCAAUAACGUUGCAAGGCCCAAUUAAUUAAGUAGAGGCAGUGUGAAAACGCGUGUGUGUGUGUGUAUAUGUGUGUGUGUGUUGCGUGUACAAGUAGCGAGCGUCCGAGAUCUUAUAAGAUAGCAUGUAUCAUAGAGUUUACUAAAAGUUAGGAACACCGCUGUAAAAUUUUUAUCCGACAUAAGAAGCAGAUCGUUGUACGAACGAGGACCACACAGGGGAGAAACGCGCGAUUCAAAGUGACUCGUUAACGUCAGAAAAGAAAUCUGUCUAACGUUUGUCUCCUGUGUUCCUCGGGUGCUUUGACUGCAAAUAUUUUCUUGACUUCACAGAGACACACUCUUACAUUCUUCCGCGUGAAACUCGCACACCUCGAACGACGAAAGAGAAGAGAGAAGAAAGAUGAAGCUCUAUUGGACGAGCAAGCGUGGAUGGUAGAAAACAAUUAGAAAACUAAUUUACGAAUCGAGUAGUAGCGAGACCGUGAUACGUAAGUCGUGUGGUAAGAGAGUAGAAAUCAAAGCACUGUAUUACGUGGCAUUGUGUAUGUAGAUACAAUGAGAAAGAGCGUGGAAAAGUGUACCUUUACGAUAGAAGCGAAAAGACAAUACGAUUCGGAAUAUUGUUUGGCAUUUCAGUGACGUGCGUCGCGGUGUCUCUUCUUUUGAACCGUCUUCCUUUUGAAGAUUCACGUGCUACGAAAAUUCGUCAUGCGUUACUUCGAGAAACCCGUGCGACACGAUUUUGUUGACAUAAGCUUAUCGUUAAAUGCAAGCGUGCCAUGAUCGUAAGGGGAUAUAUUAUUACAGCGUUGGGAUCCAACAAAUUGUUUCCUAUCUUAUUGUUGCGUGAGGAUUCCUAUUGUUCGUUGUAAUGGCCUGAAGUUCAUUCCAGGGGAAAUUUUAAGAGGAAUGCGGAUAUUUUGAGAUCGAUCGAGCGUCCGAAAACGAAUAAGUAUAUGAAAAAAAGAAAAAAAGAAAAAACAUAUCCAGAAUGCACACAGUACGCAGAGAUGCAUAAAAAAGAAAAGAAUGUUCAAAGUAUAAUAAUCAUUUAAUAGAUGAAAAUCUUAUCUUA